GUUAUCAAUGCUGCGGUAGCUUUUGCGGCCAAGCCCAAAAGCCAGGUAAUAAAAAGCAACAUGGAAAUGUAUAAAGCCACCUGGGAGAAUCACAUACGUGUACUGACAGAAGCUGUGGAUGACAUUACAAGCAUUGAUGACUUUCUUGGAGUAUCAGAAAGUCAUAUUCUGGAGGAUGUGAACAAGUGCAUUAUUGCCCUAAGAGAGCACAAUCCUGAUGAACUGGACCGUGCAGCUGGUGCUAUCCGUGGGAGAGCAGCGAGAGUGGCGGACAUUGUCUCUGGUGAGAUGGACAAUUAUGAGACAGGAGCCUACACUGAAGGAGUGAUGAGAAAUGUGCGCUAUCUCUCAAAUGCCGUGAUUCCAGAAUUCAUUGCUCAAGUCAACACUGCACUGGAAAACUUAAGCAGGAAUACGAUUCAUCUGUUUGAUGAUAACCAAUUUGUUGACAUCUCUAAGAAGAUUUACGAUACAGUUCAUGACAUUAGAUGUUCCGUUAUGAUGAUUCGGACCCCAGAAGAGUUAGAAGAUGUAUCUGACCUUGAAGAAGAUCAUGACGCCCACAGUCGCACCAGUAUUCAGACAGAAGGAAAAACUGAUAGGGCAAAGAUGACUCAGUUGCCAGAGGCGGAAAAAGAAAAGAUAGCUGAACAAGUGGCUGAUUUUAAGAAAGUCAAGAGUGAGCUUGAUAAGGAGAUUGAAAUAUGGGACGACACCAGCAAUGACAUCAUCGUUCUCGCUAAACGGAUGUGUGUGAUUAUGAUGGAGAUGACAGACUUCACAAGGGGCAGAGGACCACUGAAGAAUACCUCAGAUGUGAUUAAUGCAGCUAAAAUGAUCUCAGAGUCAGGAUCUCGUAUGGAUGUGCUUGCAAGGCUCAUUUCUAAUCAGUGUCCAGAUUGGUCAUGUAAGCAAGACUUACUCGCUUACUUGGAACAGAUCAAGCUCUACUCCCAUCAACUCAAAAUCUGCAGCCAAGUCAAAGCUGAAAUCCAGAACUUAGGUGGGGAGUUCAUCAUGUCAGCAUUAGACAGUGUGACUUCGUUGAUUCAAGCUGCCAAAAACCUGAUGAAUGCUGUGGUGCAGACAGUGAAAAUGUCCUACAUUGCCUCCACAAAGAUUAUCCGAAUUCAAAGUCCUGCUGGCCCACGACAUCCUGUGGUGAUGUGGCGGAUGAAGGCUCCAGAAAAGAAACCUUUGAUUAAGAGAGAGAAGCCAGAGGAGAUCUAUGCAGCUGUCAGAAGAGGUUCAGCUAAGAAGAAGAUACACCCCAUUCAAAUCAUGAGUGAAUUUAGAGGAAGAGAAAGACCCUGAAAUUGUUAUUCUGUUCAUUGCACAGCUUGCCUAGAUGAGGAGGCUGCUGAGAUCAAACUCUUAUUUUCCCCACUAGUUUAAUGCCAUGAAUGCACUAACAUUUCACAUUUGUGUGUUUAGCCUUGUAUUACACUAAGUCACUUCAUUGGUAGGUGAUGAAGGAUCU